AUGGUUUCCGACCUCAUAUUUCCUGCGCUUUCUAUCUUCAGACUUCUGCUUGCACUGUCCCCGCUCGGUCGUUCUCUCAAGGAUGAUCCUCAGUUAUCGUCUCCUUUGACCUCCUACUCCAGUCUUUCGGAAGGUACAUACCUAUUCCGCAACGGGAUAGAUCCUUAUUCAGGAGGCACAUUCCGCCAUUCUCCUUUAUAUCUCGCUGCUUUCACGACUAUUCUUCCUCAGUCAGAAGCGUCCUGUGCUGUGAUAUGGUGGUCAAUCGAUAUAAUGGCUACCUGGGCUCUUCUGCAGAUAUGGAGGGCUCGAAAAGCGGUCGAUGGUGACUCGCGAGACUGGAUUAUCGCUGCUGCCUAUCUCUUCAACCCGUAUCUUCUAUUCUCGACUUUGGCUUUGUCGACAUCUCCUCUCGACAAUGCCCUUCUGCUCUUGUCCAUUAUGUUCGCAUGUAAACGAAAAGCGCCGCCGGCUCUCUUGACACUGGCAAUCGCCAUUCACUUGUCGUUACCGUCAAUCCUAAUUCUUCCGCCAGUCCUGUUGCUUUUGAUAUCAGAGGACGCUACAUCUCACCUCGCCAAUCCGUCUUCGUCGCCCAUCCUCGGCUUGUCAGUAUCCCAGCUUCGAAAAGCAGUCUCACCUCUGUUGAUCGAGUUUGUUCUGUAUUUUCUCGUCCUCACCGGAGUUUCGACCACCAUUGCGGGUGGUUGGGGAUGGGUGGGCAAUACAUGGGGUGCAGGAUUAACUCUUCCUGAUCUCACGCCAAAUCCUGGGCUGUGGUGGUACUUCUUCACUGAGAUGUUUGACCACUUCAGGCCAUUCUUCCUGAUGGUCUUUUCUGCUCACUUGCUGAUCUACGUAUUCCCUGUUUGUGCAAAAUUUCAACACGACCCUCUGUUCGCAGUCUUUGUGCUGCUCGGUAUAUUGGGAAUAUUCAAGCCAUACCCCACACUUGCCGAUCCCGGUCUUGUAAUAUCCCUCCUGAGCCUAUUUUCCGAGAUCUAUCCUCACCUCCGCCACCCUAUCGUCACCGCCCUCUUACACGCCCACUCCUCUCUUCUGCUCCCUCUUUUCCAUCAUCUCUGGAUCACCACCGGGACCGGCAACGCGAACUUUUUCUAUGCCAGCACGUUGGUAUUUGGGAUCGCGAACGGCGCUGUGGUGAUUGAUGCGGCUUGGGCGGGGUUGAGGGUCGCUGUAGGAGAUGUGGAUUUGUGGGAUUAUCCGCUUGAGGGAGGGUCGAGUGCGAAGGAUGGCAAGGGAAUUCGUAGAGAGGUGGAUAAGCCCAAGGAGGCGCAGGAUGGUUGGAUCGUGGUGCAGGAAUAG